AGAGGCGGGAAGCAGCGCUGCCGCCAUCGCCAUGGUGAGCGCCGGGACCGGGGCGGGAGCAGAACCACCACCACCACCACCACCACCAGCCACUCUCGUGAGUCAAGAUGAUAGAUAUGCUUUCACUGCUGAAUGGUAUGACCCACAUGCUUCCCUCUUCCGGCGUUUUGAGAUUCUGUAUUAUCCAAAAGAUGGCUCAGUUGAAAUGUAUGAUGCAAAGAACCGUCGUCUCUUCCUGAAGCGCACCAAGUAUGAGGGCUUACAUCUUGAGGAUUUGUUUGUGGGCAAUAAAAUUACUGUCUUUUCCCGUCAUCUAUCCUUAGUGGACUAUGGGGAUCAAUAUACAGCCCGCAAGCUGGGGAGCCACAGAGAGAGAACACUGGCUUUGAUUAAACCUGAUGCGAUGCCACAGAUGGGAGAAUUAAUUGAUAACAUUAUUAAUGAAGGAUUUACAAUAACUAAGGCCAAAAUGAUGUUGCUUUCAAGAAAAGAAGCAGCCGAUUUCUACAGAGACCAUCAAACAAAACCUUUUUACAAUGAACUUAUCCAGUUUAUAACAAGUGGUCCCAUUGUUGCUAUGGAGAUCUUAGGACAUGAUGCAGUUUGUAAAUGGAAGACGUUAUUGGGUCCAUCGAACUCUGCAGCAGCUCAGACUGAUGCACCAGACAGCAUUAGAGCAAAAUUUGGACAUGAUGGCAUAAGAAAUGCAGCUCAUGGCCCAGAUUCGGUUGCUUCAGCUGCUCAAGAGCUGGAGUUGUUCUUUCCUUCCAGUGGAGGUCGCGGACCAGUCAACAGUUCAAAACUCACAAACUGUACUUGUUGCAUUAUUAAGCCUCAUGCAGUUUAUGAAGGGCUAGCUGGAAAGAUUAUAAAAGCCAUCAUCAAUGAAGGAUUUCAGAUCUCGGCUUUGCAGAUGUUCAACAUGGAGCGUGCAAAUGUGGAAGAAUUUUAUGAAGUUUACAAAGGCGUCACCGAUGACUACACAGACAUGGUUACAGAGUUGUGUUCAGGCCCUUGCAUAGCAAUGGAGAUUAUACAACCUGAGUGUCAAAAAGUGUUCAGAGACUUCUGUGGUCCUUCUGACCCUGAAAUAGCCCGCCAUCUCCGACCUAGAACUCUGCGUGCUCUUUUUGGGAAGAAUAAAGUUCAGAAUGCUGUCCACUGCACAGACCUACCUGAAGAUGGACCUUUGGAGGUGCAGUACUUCUUCAAGAUUCUGGACAACUAACAGCCUCCAUCCUCAACCAACGCAAGAGACACGCACGCAGAACGGUGUGUUCAUUCAUUUAUUUGUCCAACGUUUCAAACCUGACUGAAAUACAAGAUUAACAAGAGCACUGUACUCCUGGCUAUUAUUACAUGUUAGAACAUAUAGUUUUGCACUUUAGACGACAUUUAACACCAUUCUAUGGGGUACUGCAUUGCUUUUAUAAAGUUUAAAAUAAAGAUUUCUUUUCAAACAUGUGACUUUGGUUUAUUUCAUACAUUACACUUUCUUGCAGAAAAAAUAAAAUUGUACAACUGCAUAAAUAUAAAAUUCUUCCACCAUGAAAAUGGUUAAAACAUUCAAUAAAGACAUUAGCACCACAGUGUGCGAUGCCUCCAGCAGGAAAAAAAAAAAAAGAAAGAAAAUAUACAAAGCAAAGAGUUACGCCUAUCACCGAGGAGAGUGAUAGCCUGACCCAGUCUCUCACACAACAUACGGGAGCAUGAGGGGAAAGGUGGAGAGAGACAGCAUUCGCUACAAAGCACAGUACACAAUCAUCUAUUUUCUUUAGCUUCACUUAAGUUAGUUUCCCCUGCUGCCCCUCCAAAUAAAAUACACUAACACCACGGAAAAGUCAGAAGCCGGAUGGAGUGCUGUUAAAUAGUCUCACGGGUGGGCCUUUCUUUGAAAAGGAACAAAAUAAUGAGAAGUCUCAUGCCAGUUCUAGUCCCAUUGAGUAUUUACACCUUGGACAGCAAAAGUCUUUGCUCACAAGAAGUAGAAAACAGAUACAAUACAUGGCUUGAAAAAUGACCAGAGUAUGCACCUAUAGUACUGUACACUAAAUAAAAUACACAAGGCAGCAAUACUUAGGGGCCAGAAACACUGCUUACUACAAGUCAGUUAUGGAAUCAUACUUUACAGUAAAAAUGGGCAUGUCCCAAGGCUCAAUUUUGUUUUUCUUUUCUCAUUUACAGUAGAAUAAAUAUUUGUCGCUAUUGCUACACU